UGUAAAGUCGUGUUUAACUUAUUCUACCAAUGAAAACUAAAAAGAUUAGAUAACUGUGAAUCAAUUUAAACACACUGAAAAUUUGUUGAUCAAUUAAUGCAGGAGAAUGUCAUUUCAAUGUCGUACGAAAACGUAAACUUCUUUAGACUUUGUGUAGAUGUGUCAACGUAAAUUUGUUCCACCUAACAGAAGUUCAACUGGAAACUUAGUUAUAAACAAUGUCAUAAUAUCUUUUCCUGAUGGAACAAAUAUUCUAUACCAUUUAUUCCGUUAGGAACUUUUCUGUAGAAAUAAUGUUUCGGAAAAUGUUUCUUCUUUUUUGGAACUUAUAUUAAGAGGAACUUCUAUUCCGUGACAGAUGGUUGCAAAUAUUCUGUCUAGAAAGUAAAAAGGAUUGAUACCUUCUUCAUUAAUAUUUCGUAACGGCAAUACAACUUCAUUCAAUUUCGUUGAUAGGAAAUUAGAGGAACUAUCUGUAGAACAGUCUUAAAUGUAUGAAUAACAUCUUCUUGUGUUGAAUAAGAGAAGAGCAUAUUUAGCCAGGAUUUUUAUUGGUUUCUACGUAUACACCAUGAGAGCUUUAAAGAUAAAUAACUGCACGCGACGAAAGCAAGUGCUUCUUUUGCUUUGUUGCUUAGUUAUUUUAUACGGAUUCAAGUUGCAUGUAGAAAACGAUGUUCAGUUUAAUUUCAUUAAUAUAAAUACAAACGAGAAAUGUGAAAUUCCAAAAGUAAAUCCUUUCGAUGAAUCGAUAUUGCCGUUCUUUUGGAAACCUAAUCCUAUUGUUUGUGCCGAAAACACUGAAUUAGUUUAUAUUGAUGACGAUGAGAUGAUACAUAUAUACAAAAAUCGAACAAAAGGAAAACAUAUUGAAUGCUAUUAUCAAAGUGUCAUUCGAAAAGAACAAAGCGAUGACGAAGUUUUGUUCGGUACUUCAGUAUGGUUCAAUGUGUCAAGUAGUGCUAAGAUGGAAUCUGAUUUUGCAAAGGUAGUAUGUGUCUUUGAAGGAAAAAAUAUCUAUGAACGAUUACAUUACCAUAUAAAGCAAAAACAAAAAUAUUUUAAGUCGGAUAAUGAUAGCUUUAGUGUUCUGAUAUUUGGAAUAGACAGUAUGUCAAGACUUGCUGCUAUUCGUGAACUUCCAAAAACACUAACAUAUCUUGAAAAAACACUUGGCGCUUAUGUUUUUAAUGGUUAUACUAAAGUUGGCGGUAAUACAUUUCCUAACCUUAUGGCAUUUUUAACUGGCAAUUAUAGUGUACCAUUCAACAAGAAAAAGUUUUUUGACAAUCAACCAUUUGUUUGGAAGAAAUUUUCAGAACAAGGCGCAGCAACGAUGUAUUCUGAGGAUUAUCCUAGACUUUCAACGUUCAAUUAUGUAGCUCGUGGAUUUAAUGAAUCUCCAGGGGAACAUUACCUUCGGCCAUUUUAUCUUGCAAUAAAUUCCGAGCGAAAAUACCAGGCAAAAAUCACUAAGAUGUUUAUGACUUUAGAAAAUAAUGAUAUUAAUCUAGGAGGUACAUCCGCUCUUUGUUAUGGUGCUAGUCCGAGGCAUGUCAUUCAAAUAGAUUAUUUUAAACGUUUUUUGAAGAAGUACAAAAACAACAGGAAGUUUGCGAUGUCCUGGUUGAAUGAGAUAGGACACGAUUUUACGAAUUUUCUGAAGUUAGGAGAUGCUGAUUUUUAUAAUUUUCUAAUCUUUUUGAAAGAAGGUGGCCACCUGAAAAGGUCUAUUUUGUUUUUUAUGAGUGACCAUGGGACAAUGAGUGAUAAGAUAAGGAAUACACCGAUUGGUCGUAUAGAAGCAAAACUUCCUUUCUUUUCUAUAGUUCUGCCUACAAUUUUGAAGACAAAAUAUCCUCAUAUAGAUCACAAUUUGCAAACUAAUAUCAAUCGUCUGACGUCACCAUUAGAUCUCCAUAAAACCUUAAUUGAUAUAGCGACCAAUAGUUACAACCCUCAACAAAAGGGUAAAGAAGCAAUUAAAUAUUCUGGAAUUAGUCUAUUUAAUGAAAUUCCAAAAGACAGGACUUGUGCCAAUGCACUUAUUCCCGAAUCAAGCUGUGCAUGCUAUACAUCGGAAGCUAUUCCUACAUAUAAUGCUGUUAUUCAAAAUAUUACGAGGUUCGUCGUAGAAACGAUUAACAGGUAUUUGAAAUAUCAUCGAUCAAAGUGUGCUUUACUUAUCUUGAAAAAGAUUCAUGAUGCCAAAUUAAUUCAUUCUAAUCUAAAACAAUUAGAACCAGGAAAGAAGAAAGUUCUUUGGCAAUAUUUGUACAAACCCACGUUAGACAAGAAGCAACGUUAUUUUAUUAUAUUUGAAGUGAUGCCAAGCGAGGGAAUAUUUGAAGUCACUACAGAGAUCACUCAAACAAACAACUUUAUUAUCUUAGAUAAAAUAAUCCGAGCAAAUAUAUACGGGAAUCAGUCUGCUUGUAUUGAUGAUAGGGAUUUAAAACCAUAUUGCUAUUGUAAAUAAUCAACGCAAGGGGUACACUCGUAACGUUUAUUAACAAAAAUAACGGAGCGUCUGAAACAAUAUUACAAACAUCAUGAAGCACAAAACAAUAUAGCAUGACUUGAGAUUUAAGUAAGAACUCCAAAAGAUUGAGAGAGAAAAAAUAAAAACCAGACAACUUUGCCUGAGAUUUGAGGUAGAACUCCAAAAAGACUGAAGAAAGAAAUCAGAAUUAUACUUUGUCACUGGAGAUCAUAAUUAGAACUUUAAUUGACUAAAGAAAACGAAAAACAGACACCGUCACUUAAGAUCAAAGUUAGAAGUCCGAAAGACCGAAAAAUAACAAUAACAAUCAGACACCGUCAGUUUAGAUAAGAUAAGAGUUAGAAUUUUAAAAGACGAAUUCAGAAAACUACUAGCAGACAUCGUCACUUGAGAUUAUAAUUAAAACUCGAAAAGAAUAUGGGGGAAAACCAUGCACCGACGAUCAAAAGCUCUUUACAAUGAAAACAAUAGUAUUGCAAUAAAAAACACGCCGGUAGGUUCUACUAGAAGGAUCGACUGAGAUUAAGAGAAAGGAAUUUGGAAUGCCACUGUAUUUAAAAGAGGAAAUGCAAACUCGCCUUUCAAAAUGAGUAAGCUCAGACCUUUCAAGUAAAACAAAAACGUAAAAUCACAAAAAUACUGAACUCCGAGGACAAUUCAAUCGGAAAGCUCCUAAUUGCAUAGCAAAAUCAAUGGCCAAAACAAAUCAAACGAAUGGACACUAUUGUCAUAUUCCUGACUUGGUACAGGCAUUUUCAAAGGUAGAAAAUGGUGGAUUGAACCUGGUUUUUCAGCGCUAAACCUUUCACUUGUACGACAGUCGCGUCAAAUGUAAUGAUAUUGAUAAUGAUGCGUGAACAAAAGAAAAAGACACAAUCGGUAAAAAUUUCACAAAAAACGAUAGGAAGUCAAAUUACGUAGGUCAAAUUCGUCAAAAACAUUAUGACAAAUAAAGGCAACAGUAGUAUACCGCUGUUCGAAAAUUUUUUGCUUUCAUUUCCAAGUUUACUAUCCACUGAUAUGACCGCUAUGGAUGGUGAACUGUGACAUUGGUAAGAUUCGUUAAAUGUUGAGAUUCUGUUUCGUGUGAUAAAUUGUGAUUACACUUUUGAUAAAUAGUACUAAGUUAAUGAAAAAUAGUUUUACAUUUAUAAAGAUCAGAUGAUUUAGUAAAUUAUUUAUUAAAAAUUUACUGUUGUUAUCUUCCUUUCUAUCAUAUAACAUUGGAGAGAAAUAUUGCGGGACAUGAUUAGAUCGCAAAUAAUAAUUUCACAUUUGUUUUUCUCUGUUUUAUCCCUAAUUUUAAAAUGAGUCCGAUCGUACUUUUAUUAUGUUAUUUCUAAGUAGAAAUAUCUAAAUUGCUUUUAAAUACGGAUUCAGAAAACCUAUCAAUUGGUUUUGAAAU